AUGUCGCAGUACGGGACCGCCAGAGGCACUCCUGUGGGCAAUCAGGAGAGCCAGGAUAGCCGCUCGCAGCAGGCCCAGCACAAGCGUGUGUACCAGGCGUGUAUCCCCUGCCGACGCCGCAAGGUGCGCUGCGACCUGGGCAGCGUCGACAACCCCAGCGAUCCGCCGUGUGUGCGCUGCCGUCGCGAGAGCAAAGAAUGUUACUUCAGUGCCACUAGGAGAAAACGCAAGGACGAAGGCGACAUUAGCGAUGGCGAGGAGUACGUUGUUCGAAACGGCCGAAAGCGCGGUCCCAGCCAGGAUGAUCCCCCGCCUCCCCGGGUCGAGCGUCUCAUGUACAGCGACGUUCCUCUAACGCCAGGCGGAUCGCAAGGCCGAAGUCAGCCGCUGAGGCGCCCCGAUGGAACAAUCGAAGGACCACGGCAUGGAGCGAAGCGAAGCCGUAGGGACCGCGACUUUGGCUCGGAUGGAGACGACAACCAGCACAUGGAGAACCCGGAUGCCCAGACUGUCAUGCGACAGGGUGUCUAUGGUCCGCACGAUGCCCUCGAUCUGUUGUACAAGGCCGCGACGAACACUACUGAUAGGUUGGUCGCAACACCCAGAAGUGUCAUUUACCAGCAGUCGCUGCGGCAGCAUGUUGACAGCAGCAGCCCACUGCCAGUAGCACAUAGACGCGUGGAGAGCCGGGCGUCAGUAGGAAGCUUGCUACCACCCCAGGCCACAGUCGACGAUCGAGCAGACCGGAGCACGACAAUCCGAAAUCAGACCCCCGCGGCGAGGUCCGAAAAUCCCAUCGAACAUGAGUUUCCCAAGCGAGAUUCGAACACUCCUCCUGGGUAUAUCGAGGCUGUUCGCGCUUGGUCUAGAUUCCGUUUUGUUCGGGCGGGUUGGUUCACACCCCAGGAAGCAAUCGAGUAUAUCGACUACUACUAUGAAUAUCUCUCUCCCAUGACACCAAUAUCACCCCCAACGUUUAGUAACCUAGCGUCUCAUGGUACACUGUUGACUGACGAGCCCAUCCUUGCCGUGACGUUACUUACGAUUGCUUCGAGAUAUAAACAAAUGUCCGGUACUGGCGGUCACUGUCGUUCUCAUGCAAUCCAUGAACAGCUCUGGACCUAUCUCAGAGGAAUGAUUGAGCGCUGUCUGUGGGGCCAAGAGGCUUUUGGUGGAGGAUUCUGCGGAUCGGGCUUGCCCGGCGGCGUGGAAUCACUCGAUGACAACCGCACGAGCAGUACUGCCCCUUGGCGCGGCAUGCGCAAGGGAAGUUUGCGGACGCUGGGAACAAUCGAGUCCUUGAUGAUUCUGACCGAGUGGCAUCCUCGUGCACUCCAUUUCCCCCCAACAGAGGCCACAGACGAACUAAUGCUACCUCUCGAGAACGAGAAGAGUCUUCUCGCUGCUGUCGUUGAUGAUGACCCCAGCAGGCAGCCUGGUGGCGCAGGGUUCGGCGGCAAGCGCCUUGAGAGCUGGCUGGAGCCCGCUUGGAGAAGUGAUCGUAUGUGUUGGAUGCUUCUCAGUACAGCCAUGGGGUUGGGUUAUGAAUUGGGUGUUUUUGAUGAUAUCGAUGAACUGCUCAAAGACGAUGCCAUCACGCGGCCAGAGUACCAGGAGGAGGUUUACAGGCAGCGCGCGAACCGGAUCAAACGGCUGCUCCUCAUCUACACGUCUCAACUGGCCGGCCGUUUGGGGUGGACCAGCAUGGCCCCUGAACACCUCAGAAAAGCUGACCCAGCCGUGGCUCGUCGGCGACCAUACUCGAACGAGGAGAGUACGCCGGGGACUGCCCUCUCCUCAUCGUUUUCCAACGCCUUCAUCUACGUGCCUGACCUAGAGCUCGAUGAUCAAAUCAUUCACUGCUGGGCCGGGAUAAGCAAUGCCAUGCAUAUGGGCAACGAGAAACUGUUCAGAUCUCGGAAACACACAACAGCCAUCAUCCAGUCAGGAAAGUAUGUCGAUUUGUUGGGAGAGUUUGCUCCUCUGCUACGCGAUUGGUACAAGGAGUUUGAACGAUUCCGCCUGCCGCAGUUUCUGCGACACAUUCUAACCAUCGAGUAUGAAUAUGUCCGCAUCUACAUCAAUUCCCUGUCUUUACAGGCGGUCGUCGAGAGAUGCACAAAUAACGCGGGAAAUGCGAACGGUGUCGUGAAUGGGACUCAAGCGGCGUCCCAAAACGCCCAUCUCUCGCCUCAAACUAUACUCAGCUACGGCAAGCUUCCUCUGGGACAGCUCGGAGGGUUCACCAUUCACGAUCAAGAAUAUGUACGAGAGGUCGUCCAGGGCUCUCGAAACCUUCUCCGGACUGUUGUAGAUGGUCUUCUUCCCAGCGGGCAUCUGAAGCAUGCACCUGUGCGAACCUACUUUCGCAUCAUAAGCGGCGCUAUGUUCCUGCUGAAGACGUUUGCUUUGGGUGCGCCACGUUCGGAUGUGAAGAUCAGCAUUGACCUGAUGGACGCUACUGUUGAAGGCCUGCGCAACUGCGUCGUCGACGAUGUUCAUCUGGGAAUAAGAUUCGCAGAUCUUCUCGAGACUCUAACAAGCAGACUACGGAAUCGCUUCAUCCAAGCGCCUACAAUGCAGAAGGCAUCCGACGAGACUCCUCCUAUUGUGCAAAACGGUGGUCAAGAACAAGCCAGUGUAGAUGGCGGCUGGGUGAAUAGACACGCCCAGUCGCUCCGCCAAGGGCUGAACGAACACAGGGCUCAUGGAAUAGAAGGGAACAAUAUUUCAGCCACACCGUUCGAUCUAUCCAGCGGCAACUUUCCGUACCCCGGCGGGGCAUCGCUUGGACCAGGGACUCCUGCUCCCGUGGAGAACAGCAACCCAUCCGCGCCUGGAGCUGGCAUGGAUGUGACCUUGUUUGACGAUUGGAACAACCCCGGCAACGAGAUGUGGUAUCUCCCCACAGGACCCGCAUUCUUCCAGAAUAUGGAGAACAGCUCCGUGUCGAUGACGGCCGAGGGUGUCAAUGUAGGAGGGCUGGAUCUUCUCGAUUAUAUGGCAAUGGACCCAAGCCAGUUUUCCGGCGUCGACAGCAGUGGUGGCAACGGGGGGAGCCACGGCCCAGGGCCAGGCGGGCUCAACUAA